GCCCGCCCGCCGCGGCGCGCGCAGAACUCCUGAUUUCCAUUCUCUUGUGGGGAAGAGUUCCUGUUAUACUUGUUAGUUCAACAUGGCAGACCAGAGGCAACGUUCGCUGUCUACCUCCGGAGAAUCGUUGUACCAUGUUCUAGGACUGGACAAGAAUGCCACUUCUGAUGAUAUAAAAAAGUCAUACAGGAAACUUGCAUUGAAAUAUCAUCCUGAUAAGAACCCAGAUAAUCCAGAGGCUGCAGAUAAAUUUAAAGAGAUCAACAAUGCACAUGCAAUAUUGACUGAUGCCACAAAACGAAACAUCUAUGAUAAGUAUGGCUCCUUGGGCCUGUAUGUAGCAGAGCAGUUUGGAGAGGAGAAUGUCAACACAUACUUCGUCCUAUCCAGCUGGUGGGCAAAGGCCCUGUUCGUGUUCUGUGGGCUCAUCACCGGCUGCUACUGCUGUUGCUGUCUGUGUUGCUGCUGUAACUGUUGCUGUGGAAAGUGUAAACCUAAACCUCCUGAAGGCAGCGAGCAGGAAUACUAUGUCUCUCCAGAGGACUUGGAGGCACAGUUACAGUCGGACGAAAGGGAGGCCGCAGACACACCUAUUGUGAUACAACCAGCAUCAGCCUCAGAGACGACCCAGCUCACAACCGACUCUCACCCCAGCUACCACACUGAUGGAUUUAACUAAUGAUUUAGAAUGGAUAAAUAAAUACACGGCCAACUCAACACUAGAAUCAUGAACAUUAGAAAUAGCGAAUGGAGAGGGGGGAAAGUUUUGCCACAGUAAGAAGGCAGUCUCCAACCUGCCGAGAAUAUUUUGUAAUCCCUUCAGCCUUUUGUCACCUUCAGUGUCGUAUCUUGAUGAUACAUGAAGUGCUGUAGCAUGCAGUAUUUAAAGCAGUUUAGCUAUGGUCUUAUUUGUUUGUUUUUCCCUUUUUAUAGCAUGUAUGGAGUUAUGUUAAAUGUCUGUUUGUGUUAUGUAUUGAGGAGUUUUCACAAUAAGAGUAUGAUGGAGACAUUCUGCAUUUUAAGCAGUGAUACCAGCCUAAAACAAGAUCUUUUUUAAAGUGAGUGAAAUCAGUCACACACAAGCUGCUCUGCUUCCAUACAGUUGGACUGUGAAGUCCUUAGAGUUCAUCAUUUUUAUGUGAGUGCAACAAAGAUCUUAAGGUCUUUUGUUUUUAGGCCUUCCUGUGUCUCCCUGCACCUCUAUCUAAGCAAGUUUACAAUGCAAAGAACCAAAAAAUGCCAACAUUGUAAGGCAGGAAUUCUUUAAUGCUGGUUUUCAGCCUAAAUAAAACUACCCUGGACAUGCUUCCCUGAUUUGUUUUUUACUCUUCAGACAUUAAAUUGAUGGACAGCUCCUUAUGCAUAAUGGGAAUUCUUUGAUAGUAUAGGCCCAAAAUGUAGAUUGUGACAAAAAUCAAAUGUUAAUAGCAUUAUUUUUAGGGACUUCUUUAUUUCAAGCAGAAACUGUUUGUUUGAGUUUAAGCAUUCCCUUGCAGUGUUUAUAACCAACUAUUGCAGCCUCUUAUUAGUGCAUGAGAAUCUUAACGUGAAACUGAUUAGUCUGUUUUCAUUAUCCAAGUGAAGGAAAUGCAGAAAGUAAACAAAUAGCAUCAGUGGUGGAAAGCAAAUUAGAUUUUUAAAAUUCUCUUUUAAUAAUCUAAAAUGCUAUUAGUAAGACCAUUAGGAACACUUAUUUUUUAAAAAUGCUUUUAACCCGACAAUGUCCCUUUAAUUUUUGUCAUGAACAACUUUUUGGAAGGUGUAAAUGGCUAUUUAAGGACAAAACACCUCACUUUGUGUUUACAUCAAAUAAUAGUUUACACACACACUGUUCUGUUUAGAUUUGUUUACUUAAACAUUUUAUUUUUCUGCACAUAAAUUAUUGUGGAAACUAUUAAACAAUUUCCUGUGCUAUCUUGAAAUCAAAUCAUGUCUGAAUAAUGUUUAAAACUGUGGUUUAAUGUAUGAAUUUUAGGUUUGCUCAGCUGUCACAGAAACAUUUACUUUGCAGUUGAAUUGCUUAUAUAUUUUGCUUUUAACGGAUUUCUCUUUAGAAAAUGUUGAAUAAGGAUUUAGGGGAACAACUAGGGAGCUUUUGGUAGUUACUUACUGCCUCUUCUGCUUUGAUCUUUUAUGUCUACAUCACUUCUCCUCUCUUCCCUUUGCAUCUGUUUCUUCACAUCACAUGCCCCAACCGCACUUUUUCAGGCCCUACAAAGUGACUGACAUCCUUCCAGCCAACAUUCCUUUUGGGACUCUUCCAUGCUGCUCUUUCACAAGGCAGAGGGGUCUCUUUGGAGAAAGUGCUUAGCACUGCUCAAGUGGCCCUGCCAGCCUAUAGAAGAAGAACCCAGGAACUGAACUAAGGUUUCUUGCGAUAGCAGGGCAAAGCACUACAAUUGGGCUAACCUAGCAUAGUUUCUUUGUUAUGAAGGUUGUAGCUUGUGCCUUGUCCAGAUGUGCAGGAUUGUCCAUGUGAUUAUCUUUCACUAUAACCUUGCACAUAGUGAAAGAUUACUUAAAACCUCUGUCUUGAAAUCCUGCCAAAUGUAUUAGGCAAAAAAAAAUAAAAUAAAAUUCAGCUCUCCAUGCUGAAUCAGGUUGUUCUAAAAGCAGUCUCUCUCUUCACACCCCUUCCCCCCCCCCCUCC